GCAGUUGCUGGCUAGCCCGGGAGGCCGAGGAGGCUGUCGUUGCCUCGGCGGUCGCAUCCCCGAGGGAGUCGUGUCGGCGCGUCCCUGGCCCCCAGACCCGCGUAUUGCUCCACAGGCUAGUGUGCGCGCUUCCAGCCUCGUCGACCCCUCGCCGCUUGCCCUGCGGACCGUGCCUCCUGCAUCAUGUGCGGUAUAUUUGCUUACUUAAACUACCAUGUCCCUCGUACAAGACGAGAAAUUUUGGAGACCCUAAUCAAAGGCCUUCAGAGACUGGAGUACAGAGGAUAUGAUUCUGCUGGUGUGGGAUUUGAUGGCGGCAAUGACAAAGAUUGGGAAGCCAAUGCCUGCAAAAUCCAGCUCAUUAAGAAGAAAGGGAAAGUUAAGGCUCUGGAUGAAGAAGUUCACAAACAACAGGAUAUGGAUUUGGAUAUAGAAUUUGAUGUACAUCUUGGAAUAGCUCAUACCCGUUGGGCAACACAUGGAGAACCCAAUCCUGUCAAUAGCCAUCCCCAGCGCUCUGAUAAAAAUAAUGAAUUUAUUGUUAUUCACAAUGGAAUUAUCACCAACUAUAAAGACUUGAAAAAGUUUUUGGAAAGCAAAGGCUAUGACUUUGAAUCUGAAACAGACACAGAGACAAUUGCCAAGCUGGUUAAAUACAUGUAUGACAAUCGGGAAAGUCAAGAUACCAGUUUUACUACCUUAGUGGAGAGAGUUAUCCAACAACUGGAAGGUGCUUUUGCACUUGUAUUUAAAAGUGUUCAUUUUCCUGGCCAAGCAGUUGGCACACGACGAGGUAGCCCUCUGUUGAUUGGUGUACGAAGUGAACAUAAACUUUCUACUGAUCACAUUCCAAUACUCUACAGAACAGGGAAAGACAAGAAAGGAAGCUGCAAUCUCUCUCGGGUAGACAGCACAACUUGCCUUUUCCCUGUUGAAGAAAAAGCGGUAGAGUAUUACUUUGCUUCUGAUGCAAGUGCUGUCAUAGAACACACCAAUCGAGUUAUCUUUCUUGAAGAUGAUGAUGUCGCAGCAGUGGUGGAUGGCCGUCUAUCUAUCCAUCGAAUUAAACGAACUGCAGGAGAUCAUCCUGGACGAGCUGUGCAAACCCUCCAGAUGGAACUCCAGCAAAUCAUGAAGGGCAACUUCAGUUCAUUUAUGCAGAAGGAAAUUUUUGAGCAGCCAGAGUCAGUUGUGAACACGAUGAGAGGACGAGUCAACUUUGAUGACUAUACUGUGAAUUUGGGGGGUUUGAAGGAUCACAUCAAGGAGAUUCAGAGGUGUCGGCGUUUGAUUCUUAUUGCUUGUGGAACAAGUUAUCAUGCUGGUGUAGCAACACGUCAAGUUCUUGAAGAAUUGACAGAGUUGCCUGUUAUGGUGGAGCUAGCCAGUGAUUUCCUGGAUAGAAACACACCAGUCUUUCGAGAUGAUGUUUGCUUUUUCAUCAGUCAGUCAGGGGAGACAGCAGAUACCCUGAUGGGUCUUCGGUACUGUAAAGAAAGAGGAGCUUUAACUGUGGGGAUCACCAACACGGUUGGUAGUUCCAUAUCACGGGAAACAGACUGUGGAGUUCAUAUUAAUGCUGGGCCUGAGAUUGGUGUGGCCAGCACAAAGGCUUAUACCAGCCAGUUUGUGUCUCUUGUGAUGUUUGCCCUUAUGAUGUGUGAUGACAGGAUCUCCAUGCAAGAGAGACGUAAAGAGAUCAUGCUUGGAUUGAAGCGGUUGCCUGAUUUGAUUAAGGAAGUACUGAGCAUGGAUGAUGAAAUUCAGAAGUUGGCAACAGAACUUUAUCAUCAGAAAUCAGUCUUGAUAAUGGGACGUGGCUAUCAUUAUGCUACUUGUCUUGAAGGAGCUUUGAAAAUCAAAGAAAUCACAUACAUGCACUCUGAAGGCAUCCUUGCUGGUGAAUUAAAACAUGGCCCUCUGGCUUUAGUGGAUAAGUUGAUGCCUGUCAUUAUGAUCAUCAUGAGAGAUCACACUUAUGCCAAGUGUCAGAAUGCUUUUCAGCAGGUGAUUGCUAGGCAGGGACGCCCGGUGGUGAUUUGUGAUAAGGAAGAUACUGAGACCAUUAAGAACACAAAAAGAACAAUCAAGGUGCCCCAUUCAGUGGACUGCUUGCAGGGCAUUCUCAGUGUGAUCCCCUUACAACUGCUGGCUUUCCAUCUUGCUGUGCUGAGAGGAUAUGAUGUUGAUUUCCCCCGGAAUCUUGCCAAAUCUGUAACUGUAGAAUAAGGAGCAUCUGGGCGACUAAGCAACACAAGACACCUUUUGUAUUUAAAACCUUGAUUUAAAAUGUCACCCUUCUAAGCCUUUUUUAAGCAAAUCCUUAUUUAUAAAUCAGUUAUAAUUAUUCCACUCAAUUUGUGAUUUUUGUGAAAUUACCUCAUAUUUUUCCAGUAAUUUGUGGGGGACUUUGAAUAGUAGAAUCUGUAUUGCAAUUUGUAUCAGAAAUGAGAUUUAGGUCUCAUUUUCUUUAAGGGACACUGGGUGUUGAAUUUCUGCUCCCCUCCCCAAUCUUAGAGUAUUGAAUGUUUUUAAACUAAUUGUUACUUGUUUUAAGAUGCUUCUGUUUAUUCAGACCAGUGAAAGAGUAAUGCAUUUAAUUGGAAUAUCUAAAGCCAAUAAUACUUGAACAUUUCAUUAAGGCUUUGCUAAGUUAUAUAUAAAGAGAAUAUGCCGUGAUUUACUUUGAAAUUUGUGUUUUGUUUUUCAAUGAAACUGUAAAACUUAAUAACUAAAAAUUUUUCAUGAUGGGAUUUAUAACUAAGUUAGGUUAAUAACCUUUGUCUCAAGCUCUUUCCUGUUAUCUGUAGGUUGAGGUAACGUAGGACACUAAAUAGUAUAGGAAAGCAUUGGUUUUCUCCAACCCUUAGCAGAACCUAUUUGCACAAACUCAUAGCACAAACUUUAACUUCGAGCUGCUUUGAACAACUGACAAUGUGAUUUUAAAUUUGAAGAUGGAAUACAUACAUGUUGGGUAUCCUUUUCCUGUUUUUUCAUCUCUUUAAAGUGGUUUCUAAUUCCUUAUAUAUGAAGGAUUUUCUUUAAUGACUUUUGAAUGACUUUUAUCUUGUUCUUUGAAAUUACCACACACAGUUGCUAUCACACAGUUAAAUUAAUAUUGAUGUAUUCA